AUGGAAUCUAUCUGUACUUUACUACAGGUAGCUGUUCAAGAAGAUUGGAACAUUCAUCAAAUGGACGUUAAAGGAGCAUAUUUACACGCUCCAAUAGAAUGUCAAGUUUAUGUUCAACCAGCUCCUGGGUAUGAAACAGCCAAUAAUGUUUGGAAGUUAAAUAAAUCUCUUUAUGGGCUCAAACAAAGUGGACGCAAUUGGCACCAAUUGCUGCAUGAUUUUUUAUGUGAUAUUGGUUUUGUCCAAUCUCAUGCCGAUCCAUGUGUGUUUGUUCGUAGACAAUGUGGUUAUACCAUUAGGUUACUUGUUUGGGUGGAUGACAUUAUUAUUACAUCAAGUAAGGACGAACUGCUCAACACUGUCAAGAUCCAGUUGAAGAAUCGAUUUAAUAUGAAAGAUCUUGGAACACUCUCAUCGUUUCUUGGAAUUGAUUUUGAGAGGGGGAUUGACUACGUCACCAUGUCACAGUCCCGUUACCUUAAAAAUGUCCUUAUCCGAUUCAGUCUCAAUGAUUGUAAACCGAGGAAUACCCCAUGCGAACAAAACCCUGCCGCAUAUAUAUUAGAUGAGACCAGUGAUACUGAGAAGACCGAUAACGACACCAAACUAUAUCGUCUUAUGGUGGGAAGCAUUGUAUAUGCCAUGACUUGCUCCCGACCAGAUUUGAGUUAUGUUGUAACUAAGCUGUCUCAACACUUGUCAAAGCCUGAAAAUUCAGACUGGAUUAUGGUAAAACAUGUAUUUCGAUAUAUAAAGAAUACUGUGAGUUAUACAUUCACUUUUCGUAAACUAAACCAUGAAGAAUUUCGUCUCUAUGCAUUUUGUGAUGCUGAUUGGGCUUCUUCUUUGGAUAACGGAAGAAGUAUUACCGGUUAUUGUAUCAGCAUCAAUCCGAGUGGGCCACCUAUCAGUUGGAGGUCAAAAAAACAAGCGUCUGUGGCACUUUCAACGUGCGAAGCUGAAUUUAUGGCCCUCUCACUAACAGCUCAGGAGACCGCCUACCUAACACGACUUAUCAAAGAUUUAACAAAUUUUGACCUCAAGCCGCCUGUGAUUAAAAAUGACAACCAAGGUACCUUAGCGUUAUUGAAAAACCCCGUAAAGCACAUGAAGGCCAAACAUAUCGAUAUCCGAUACCAUUAUAUCAGAGAAUGUUUUCAACAGAAUCAGAUAGCUGUAGAAUAUAUACCUUCAAGUGAAAACAAAGCGGAUAUAUUUACAAAACCCCAAAAGAAACAUUUGUUGACAAUGUUCAAACAAUAUUUAUUUGGAGAGUAA